AUGUUGGCAGCCGAAAACAAAAAAAGCUUAUUUGAACUUUUACAUAAGUCACCGUGCUACUGCAUUGCGCUUGAUGAAUCUUGUGACUUAGUUGAUUCUGAACAAAUGUCAAUUUUCGUGCGAUUCUUUGACAUUGAAAAUAAAGUGUUUAGAGAAGAGUUACUAGCAAUAUUGACAUUUGAAGGCAGGACUCGUGGAGAAGAUUUAUUUAAGAGUUUUGAUGACUUCAUGAAAAAAUCGGAUUUGAGUUAUGAUAAAAUUGUGUCAAUUUCCACUGAUGGAGCUCCAGCGAUGAUGGGAAAAGAAAAAGGAUUAUUAAAAAGAAUCCGGGAUAUUAACUUAUCAAUGCAUAAUUCACCAAACAUCACUUUGUAG